AUGCCCAAUAUCAACUUCAGUGCCCCUGUCAUCCGCCUAGGUACAGGGUCUGGAAAGCCUAGCAUGCCGGCCUCCCAGGAACCAGACAGGCCUCAUGGGCCGAGCCACGGUAGGCCUGGCCUUGGUGCGGACAGGGGCGGCGAUCAGGGUGGCAGGCACCAGAGAGAACAGGUUCAGACGCUGAUUCCGCCUUCCAGCGAGGAGAAACUCCGGUCUCUGUUCGUCCACGACAUCCCCGAGAGCCUUCGUAUCGGCAACAGCCUGGAGAGGCUCCUCGGCGCCGCCGGGAAGCUCAAGCGCUGGGACGCAGCGUCUAGCACACCUGACGCCCCCCAGAAGGCUGGCGCCAAGUUUGGCUUCGCUAUGUAUGAUGAUACUGAAUCGCUAGCAACAGCCGUGAAGCUUCUGGUGGACCAGACGGUCGAGGUCCCGCUCGUCCGACAACAGUCCGUUGCUGAGCCCCCCACGGACGACAGUUUCCAAGGAAUUGACAAGAUGGUUCUGCAAGUCAAGGUUGAUCCUGCGUCGCUCAAGUACCUCGCUGCAUAUCAGGAAGACAAGGGUGAGGAUUCCGUCGCUGGGCAGCGACUGCAGACAGCGAGGGAUGCCUUGCAAAAGGUUGUUCAUGAACUCUUUUACCCGCCCGCUGGGUCUGAUGCCGAUGCCGACGUGGUCAUGAAAGACGUCGACAAAGACGACAAGGUCGAGGUGGUCAACAUUGCGCUGGCCCAGGACGACGAACUGGCCGAUAUACCGGCGGAAAUGCGAGAGAUUGUGGCUGGGGAGAUCGCGGCGUUUCGCGAGCGCAGCAACCAGCGGGACUUGGAGCGACUUCGCAAAGAGGAAGAGAUGGAGGAGAUGGAGCGACAACGGAGCGGAGCGCCGCGACACUCCCGUCACGAAACUCACCCUCAGGGUGGCGUCGGUGCCAACAGCGUUCCCGUCGGCCCUCGCGGCGCACCGUCCGGUCCCAAGGGGCAGAACGGCCUGGACCGUGUCACCUUUGUCAAUGGCGGUGUAUCCAACUCUGAGUACUCGAUCAACCAGCAGGACCAGGACGCGGACAUGGAUGAUGAGGAGCUCUAUGCAAGGCAGAAGGCCAAGAAGGAUGCCGAGGCGAACAAGGCAUACGCUGAGGCGGAGCGUAAAUGGUCCAACCGCGAACGAUCUCGGCAGGCGGCUCUGGAGCGUGAGCGAGAGCGCGAGGCUCGGGAGGCCGAGUCAUUCGAGCGUAGGAAGAAGGAGCAGCUCGAGCGCGAGCGUGAGUGGAACGAUGAGCGCGAAGCCAGCCUCAAGUCACACCCGUACUACCGCGAUCACGCGGGCUGGGCUCGAAAGCGCGAGCUAGACCGCGUAGACGAAGAGACGAGGGACGAGGCGGACCGACGCGCUGAGAAGGAAGAGAUGCGUCGCGAGCAGGCCAACGCCGAGCGGGCACGGGGCAUGGCAGACUCGUUCCUGGACCGACAGGCGCAGGAGAUGGGCUCGCCGCGGCGCGAGUCACAGCAGCAGCAGCAGCAGCAGCAGCCCGACUCGGCGGCGGCGGCGGCUCCCCAGCCGUUCAAGCUGUCGCUCGGCGCAGCGGCGCAGAAGGCCCAGGCAUCGCGAGUCGGCGUGCAGAGGCGCACCAUCGCCGAGGUGGAGGGUCUCCUGGAUGACGAAGAGACCGACGCCUCAACGAAGAGGCAGCUGAUUCCCAUCCAGUUCGAGCCGACGUCGGCCACGGCCAGCAUGACGGAUGAGGAAAUCUCGCAGGCCAUCAGGGCCCUAGCACAGGAGAUACCGUCGGACAAGGAAGGCCUGUGGGGGUGGCAGGUCCAGUGGGACUAUAUGGACGACACGGUGAUACGCGACAAGCUGCGUCCCUUUGUGGAGAAGAAGAUUGUCGAGUACCUCGGUGUGCAGGAGGAGAUGCUCGUCGAGACGGUCGAGGAGCACCUGCGGAAUCAUGGGUCUGCGGCUGCUCUGGCAGAAGAGCUCGAAGGGGCAUUGGACGACGAGGCCGAAGACUUGGUCAAGAAGCUCUGGCGCAUGGUCAUCUUCUUUACGGAGUCGGAGAAGAGAUGUCUGCCUGCGUAG